AUGACUUCUCCGGAUUUCAAUUUUCAAGGCUCGACUGGGAAGCCCAAAGAGUAUCAAUUUAACGCGAGAUUAGAGACAUCUUCAGGAAACGGCGUGUCUCAACGUCAAUUUCGUGUCCCUUCACUGCGGCAUAAGGCUAUCACCUCUGUUGUCCCGGUAAAUAAACAACAAAGAGUUCUCAAGGCCUCUCUCUUAGAGCCUACGACAGGCUCACUUUCUGUCGACAUGUCUAGCUUAAGUGCAACCUCCCCCUUCUUUCUCACCCCAAUAUCUUCCCCUACACCAUCACUGCCCUCAACAACUUCAACGACUUCAACGACUUCUUCGCCUUCUCCUGAAGCAACACCCAAAAAACAAUUUUCUUUCGCAGACAUCCCGUUCAGGCAGAAAAUGACCGAGGACGACCAGACUCGUGGGCUCGCUGCCCGACUUGCUCUCUUACAGCCCGCGACUGGCUUGCAAGAAGCAAAAAAGGAGCUCGUGAGCACCCCAAUUUUCACAAGGUCGGUCCUCGACUACUCCGCGGAAUCCUUUAGUCAAUAUGGCUUCUUGGCCGGUAACUCAAGCGUCCUCGAUUGCCUUUCUGCUGCUGGACACGAUCCCGCUACAAUGACGCCGGCUCAGGAUCCUAGCGUAUUUUUCAACAUCUCAGCACCUUCCAGCGCUUUCAUCUGUGGAUCUCAAGGAUCUGGAAAGAGCCAUACGCUUUCGGUGUUGCUCGAGAGCUGCCUGUUAAAGCUUAAGGACGUCAACAAGCUCGACAAUCCUCUAGCAGCACUCGUAUUCCACUACGACUCGUUCAUCUCUGAUCUGAGAGGAACCCCGUGCGAGGCUGCGCACCUCUCUUCAAACCCGAAUAUCAAAGUACGGGUCCUUUGCUCGCCUUCUAACAUUCAAACCAUUAAACGCACCUAUAUGGGAAUGAACGUCGAGAUUGAGCCUCUGAAAAUCAAUCAAAACGAUCUCAAUACUAAGCGCAUGCUGGAUCUUAUGGCGGUCAACCAGGACGACGGACGCAUGCCAUUGUAUUUGCAUGAGAUUACACGUAUAUUGCGUGAAAUGCGAGUUAGACAGCAACAAAACAACGGAUCCUUCAACUAUGCCGAAUUCAAGCAACUGAUUGCGCUCUCACCGAUGACCCCUGCUCAGCAAGCACCUCUUACCCAGCGUUUGGAUUCACUCGAGUCCUUCAUGCCUAAGGCUCAGACACAACCUGGAACCUUGACGAUUGUGGACCUAUCUUGCCCAUGUGUUACAUCAGACGGAGCCUGCGCAUUAUUCAAUAUGUGCCUCAGCCUCUUCCUCGAACAAAAGACGAAUGUAGGGCGUAUCGUUGCUUUGGAUGAAGCACACAAGUAUAUGAAUACCGCAUCCGAGGCUACCACGCUUACGAACACCCUGCUAUCUUGCAUUCGUCUACAACGUCAUCUCGGCACCCGUGUUUUUAUCUCUACCCAAGAGCCCUCAAUCUCCCCGAAGCUCCUGGAUCUUUGCUCCAUCACCAUUGUGCACCGCUUUACAUCGCCGGACUGGCUACGCUGCCUUCGGUCACACAUUGCUGCGCUGGAUAACGACGAAGGUUUGACGAAUAAUCCGAAGUUGCAGUUAGCCAACAUCUUCAACCAGAUCGUCAAAUUGACUGUCGGACAAGCUCUGCUCUUUGCCCCGAGUGCAGUUAUCGACGUCGAACUGCCUGAAUCUGGCGAGUCAAAGCGUGGCCUCAACAGACUCGGUAUUCAAUAUCUGCGAAUAAAGAUUCGCGACCGAGUCACCACUGAUGGCGGAAGGAGUGUGAUGGCUCUGGGAUCCUAG